UGUUUGAUCCGGUCCAAUUAGAAAUCACAUGCCCAUCUCAGCCGGAAGAUCGUACGCUAUAUUGCUCUCUCCAUUUCAGCUCCCUUAGGUCGGACUCAGUCUACACCAGGCAGUUCGUCUAGUAUCCUGAGGUUAGUUGAUUAUUAGAAAAACCCUACACCCUAAGCUCCACUUCCUCAUCACUUCUUCCUUCUCUACUCUCCAAACAGUGCUCAGUGUGAGAUUCCAUUGGUUGAUCACUAAAAUCAGCAGCAAGGAUGUCUUCUAUGCUCCAACCACAAAUUAUAUUGCUCAAGGAAGGGACUGAUACUUCUCAAGGGAAGGCACAAUUAGUAAGCAACAUAAAUGCAUGUACGGCUGUGGCCGAUGUAGUGAGAACUACCCUUGGCCCUAGGGGUAUGGACAAGUUGAUCCAUGAUGAUAAAGGAAAUACCACCAUCUCAAAUGAUGGUGCUACUAUAAUGAAGCUUCUUGAUAUUGUUCACCCUGCUGCAAAAAUACUUGUUGACAUUGCCAAAUCUCAGGAUUCUGAGGUUGGGGAUGGAACAACUACGGUUGUAUUGCUUGCUGGAGAAUUUCUGAAGGAAGCCAAGCCUUUCAUUGAAGAUGGAGUUCACCCUCAAAAUCUGAUACGUAGUUACAGAACUGCUUGCAAUUUGGCUACUGAGAAAGUAAAAGAGUUGGCUACUAGCAUAGAGGGAAAGAGUAUGGAUGAGAAGAAAAUUUUGCUAGCUAAAUGUGCUGCUACAACAUUGUCAUCAAAACUCAUUGGCGGGGAAAAAGAGUUUUUUGCAUCCAUGGUUGUUGAUGCUGUUGUUGCAAUCGGAAAUGAAGACAGGCUGAAUAUGAUUGGAAUAAAAAAGGUUCCUGGGGGUACAAUGCGGGAUUCGUUCCUUGUAAAUGGUGUCGCAUUCAAGAAGACAUUUUCCUAUGCUGGUUUUGAACAACAGCCUAAGAAAUUUGUAAAUCCCAAAAUACUUUUACUCAACAUAGAGCUGGAGCUGAAAUCAGAGAAAGAAAACGCCGAGAUAAGGCUUUCAGAUCCAUCGCAGUAUCAAUCAAUUGUUGAUGCAGAAUGGAAUAUCAUUUAUGACAAGUUGGAUAAAUGUGUCAAGAGUGGGGCUAAAGUGGUUUUGUCUAGACUUGCUAUUGGUGAUCUGGCAACACAGUACUUUGCAGAUCGGGAUAUAUUCUGUGCCGGCCGUGUAACUGAGGAGGAUCUGCAGAGGGUGGCAGCUGCUUCAGGGGGGACAGUGCAGACAACUGUGAACAACAUUAUUGAUGAGGUUCUUGGAUCAUGUGAGAGCUUUGAGGAGAAGCAAGUAGGAAAUGAGCGGUUCAACAUCUUCAGUGGAUGCCCAUCUGGCAAGACAGCCACCAUUGUUCUUCGUGGUGGAGCAGAUCAGUUCAUUGAAGAAGCUGAGAGAAGUUUGCAUGAUGCAAUUAUGAUUGUUAGAAGAGCUAUGAAAAACUCUACUGUUGUAGCUGGUGGAGGUGCAAUAGAUAUGGAGAUUAGCCGAUAUCUAAGGCAACAUGCACGCACAAUAAAGGGGAAAUCACAACUCUUUAUAAACUCAUAUGCCAAAGCUCUUGAGAUUAUUCCACGCCAACUCUGUGACAAUGCUGGUUUUGAUGCAACUGAUGUGCUGAACAAACUUAGACAAAAACAUGCCCUCCAAUCAGGUGAGGGUGCACCUUAUGGAGUGGACAUCAAUACUGGCGGAAUAGCCGAUUCCUUUGCUAAUUUUGUAUGGGAACCAUCUGUUGUGAAGAUAAAUGCCAUAAAUGCAGCUACUGAAGCAGCUUGCCUUAUUUUAAGUGUGGAUGAAACAGUGAAGAACCCCAAGUCCGAGAGUGCCCAAGGAGAAGCUGCUGGAGGUGCAAUGGGUGGAAGAGGGCGUGGGUUUGCACCGCGUGGUCGUGGCAUGAGGAGGCGAUAGGGAUUGUCCGGUUUUGAGUCAUUUCUUGUGUCAACUAAUUUUCUUAGUUACCUCCACCCCCACCUAAUCAUCUACCAAUUCCGCUGGAAUUUCCAUUUUGAGAAUCAAGAAAAGUUGAAGGAGAACGGAAACGGAGAUGAUGUUUUUGAGUUGGUUCAAUUGAUGGUGUGAUUGUAUGUCUGUUGGGGAAAGUGACCCUUAGUGGCACCCUGUUUGAUUUUUUCUCGUUUGGAUCAGAAUAUUGGAUAUGAUGUGCAGAAAUGUAUUUUCACAUUGUCUUGCCCGUUCUAGGUUCUUUUAUUGGACGUGAAAUGAGUCUCUUUAAGAAAUGGCGCAAAAGUUGAAGGGAAACAAAAACUUGG